ACCGCUGAGCAGGAUACGUUCGAAGACGCCGUUGACGCCGCCUCUGUACGAUCCCUGACCAAGAGAUCUGUAUCUGCCUCGAAACCUCAACCUCCCCCGCCGGAGCAGGAUGCCACCAAAUCCGAUGCUGAUAGUGACAGCGAGGAGGAGGAGGAAGACGAAGAAGAGGCCAAUUCAGUCAAGAGCGAGGAAAAGCCAGAUCCGCCAUCACGCGACUCAUCACCAGUCUCACAUCGCAUCUCCAACAUCUCCAACACAUCAAAUCUCGAUGUCGUCAAUUUGGACGAUGAUGCUGCCCCACAACACCAGGGUACACCUCUCUCACCCCCCUCUGACAAGGAUCAGUUGAGCAGAACAACUUCUCUAAACAAUACCACUGCCGCUGCACAACCUCCGUCGCCGAACAAGAGCUUGCCGCCUGUUCCCACUGCCUCGACCGCCACUCCAGCUGCGGCACCGGCUCCCACCCCCGCCCCUGCACCGACUGGUAGGAGACUGACCAGCCCGUUCUCCUGGCUGUCUAGGAACUCUAGCAAAGACAAAGACGUCAAUUCGACUUCGGUCACCCAGCCAUCUGCCCGGAGAAACACUGCUAGCUCCGUCGCUACUGUGGGUAGCAACCCUGAGAUGAUGUUGAGCAAGCUUGAGGAAGAAAGAGAGGGCGAUGGCAAGGCAUCCAACCGAAAUAGCCUCAAAGAUCGAUUCAAGGUGCUUCGGCAGCAGCAGGAAUCUGGCGUUCCGCUGACCGUGAAUACUGAGGAUAUCCCAGACGAAACCACAGAAGGCGAGGCGCUGCCGGCAGCUGACUUGCCACCCCUAUCCCCCUUGCCCCCUCCAAGCUCAAACUUGGCACCUGGAACGGCAUCCGGCAUCAACAUUGGUCCGUCGGAGACGGCGCCAUCACAGGUUGAUUGGGAUCUCUGGCAAUCGGUCGUUUAUGAAGGCCCCGCUGCUGUUGCGCGGUCAAGUGCUGAGGAGUUGAACAAAGCUAUUGCCACGGGUAUUCCUAGUGCCAUUCGCGGCGUCAUUUGGCAAGUGCUGGCACAGAGCAAGAGUGAGGACUUGGAGGGAGUUUACAGAGACCUCCUUGCUAGGGGAACGGAGAAGGAAAACAGGAAUCGGCACAGCAGCAGCACGGCAGCAAGCAGUUUCAGCAAUGCCAACCUCAGUGUUCAGAGCGGUGAUGGAGUAGCGUCGUCUGCGUCAUCGGUUAACUCUGAACAGUCAGGUGGCUCAGGCCUCAAGGGUGACAAGAAAGAGGACAAGAAAGAGGACAAGAACGCUGAGGCCAUCGCCAAGGCUCAGGCUGCGGCUGUGGCGGAGCGGAUGCGCAAGGAAAAGGAAGACGUUGCUUCCAUUCAGAGGUUGGAGAAGGUCAUUCGUCGUGACCUUGGCGCCCGCACUAGUUAUUCUAAGUAUGCAGCUGCCGCGGGACUUCAGGAGGGUCUUUUCGGCGUCUGCAAGGCGUAUGCUCUCUUUGACGAAGGUGUUGGCUAUGCUCAGGGCAUGAACUUCCUGAUCAUGCCCCUGCUGUUCAACAUGCCGGAGCAGGAGGCAUUCUGCCUGCUUGUCCGCCUGAUGAAUCAUUACGGCCUGCGAGAUCUCUUUAUUCAUGACAUGCCUGGACUUCAUCGACAUCUAUAUCAGUUUGAGCGGCUGCUGGAGGACCUUGAGCCUGCCUUGUACUGCCACCUUCACCGAAGGGGCAUCUCUCCCCACCUAUACGCGACACCAUGGUUCCUCACGCUGUUCGCCUACCGUUUCCCCCUCCAGCUUGUCCUGAGAAUUUAUGACUUGAUUCUCUCAGAGGGCCUUUCCGCCAUUAUUCGAUUUGGUAUUGUUCUGAUGCAAAAGAAUACGGCAACACUGCUGGAGAUUUCCGACAUGCAGCAACUCACUACAUAUCUAAAAGAUAAGCUGUUUGAUGUCUACAUCGACAAGGACCCUAGCCAGGGUAGUCUCUUGGAGAACGGCUUCUUUGGCAGCUCCAGUUCAAGUAUUGACAAGGAGAUUUACAGAGCAGAUCAGCUGGUGAGAGAUGCCUGCGAAAUCAAACUGUCCGCGGAGCUUCUCGAAGGAUAUACUGCAGAGUGGGAAGAAAAGACCAAAGCCGAAAAGGACCGAGAAACUGAAGUCAAGGAACUCCGAACGUCGAACCAAAGCCUUACAAUCCAAGUCCGAAAGCUGGAGGAGAGAGUUGAGGUCGCCGAUCGCGAGCAAGCUGACCUUGCUACAGAACUCGUCCACACAAAGGUUGAGAAUGACGAACUCAAGGAUGAGGUCGAGGCCCUCAGGAACCAAGUUCAAGAGCUCAAGAAGGUGAUUGAGAAACAGCCCUUUGAGAUUGAGGAAACUUGGAAACUUGAGCGCGAUGACUUGAUGAAGCGCAAUGAAAAGGUGCACUUGGAGAACGAAAAGGUUGAAAAGGAAUUGGCUGAGCUGGAAGAAGAGCUAGUCCAGACAAAGCUGCGAUAUGCGGAGAUUGCUGGUCAACACGAGACUCUGAGCCGCAAGUGGUCUGAGUUGAAGCGUCAGUUU